AUGAUGAAGGCAAGAACAACAACUACCAACAAUGUCCAGUCUAAGCGAUCUACCAAGAGUGGAAGAAAAGAUCAAAAGCUACAGAAGACGAAUAGCCAGAAACAAAAAGACGACUUAGAUGCUAAGGAAGCCUCAAACAAUCUCUCCACAGUAGCAAGUAGUGAUUCAACCACACAAUCAGAUCCAUCUGAAGCUUACCAAACUGUCGAUGUUCGUUACUUGGAUGAUGUUGAUGAUGAUGAUGCAGCCGCCAUUACGUCUGCAGAUGCUCCUCAAGACUCGAGUUCUUCCAGAGCUGUGAAGAAAACAGAGAAGAAGAAGCAUAGCUUAAGCAGAUCCGUUUCUGAAUUGGGUAAAGAUGCUGAUGUAUGGGAAGAUGCUUCUAACGGUGCUCUUAGUGCUGGAAGUGAGAACGAGGCCUCUGAUGUAGCUGAGAACAAGAUUGAGCAUCUGGAGAGUAGAAUCGAGAGACUUGAAGAGGAGCUUAGAGAAGUCGCUGCACUCGAGAUCUCGCUCUACUCUGUUGUGCUUGACCAUUCUAGCUCCGCGCACAAGCUUCACACCCCUGCUCGGCGUAUUUCAAGAAUCUACAUCCAUGCCUGUAACAACUUCACUCGAGGAAAGCGUGCUACGAUCGCAAGAAACUCUGUCUCUGGUCUUGUCUUGGUAGCAAGAUCUUGUGGGAAUGAUGUUUCAAGGUUGACAUUCUGGCUAUCAAACAUCGUAGCUCUAAGGGAGAUCAUAUCGCAAGCGUUUGGUAAGUCUCGCAUCAUCACACAGAGCUCUGAGUCAAAUGGGAAUGAUUCAGGGAAGAAAACAAACCUGAGAUGGAAGAAUGGUUUCCAACAGCUUCUGGAAGAUUGGCAAGAAACUGAGACUUUUACUUCUGCUCUCGAGAAAAUCGAGUUCUGGAUCUUCUCUAGAAUCGUUGAGUCUGUUUGGUGGCAGGUGUUUACCCCUCAUAUGCAAUCUCCUGAAAGUGACUCAUCAGCCGAUAAGUCGAAUGAGAAACUGUUAGGACCUUCUUUAGGUGAUGAGAAGCAAGGAACGUUUUCAAUUAGCCUAUGGAAAAGUGCUUUCAGAGAUGCUCUGCAACGGCUUUGUCCUAUGAGAGGCGCAGGACACGAAUGCGGUUGCUUACCUUUAUUAGCUACAAUGGUUAUGGAGAAGUGUAUUGGUAGAUUCGAUGUGGCCAUGUUCAAUGCUAUUCUGAGAGAGUCAGAACAUCAGAUUCCAACUGAUCCUGUCUCUGAUCCUAUCCUUGAUUCAAAAGUUCUGCCUAUUCCUGCUGGAGACUUGAGCUUUGGAUCAGGAGCACAACUCAAAAACGCGAUUGGAAACUGGUCUAGAAGCCUUACUGAAAUGUUUGGCAUGAACUCUGACGAUUCUUUAGCGAAAGAGAAAAGAAACAGCGAAGAUGAUGGUCGUGUAGAAACUGAAGGAAGUGAUCGUAAAGCUUUUGUUUUGCUGAACGAACUUAGUGAUCUUCUGAUGCUCCCUAAAGACAUGCUUAUGGAAAGAUCCAUUAGAGAAGAGGUAUGUCCAUCAAUCAGUCUUCCACUAAUCAAAAGAAUACUCUGCAACUUCACUCCUGAUGAGUUCUGUCCAGAUCAUGUACCUGGAGCUGUCCUAGAAGAGCUUAAUUCUGCUGAGAGCGAUGGUGAUGGGAAGGUAUCAGAAGAAAGCUUCCCUUAUGCAGCUUCCUCUGUUUCUUACAUGCCUCCAUCGACCAUGGAUGUAGCACAAAAUGUUGGAGAGGCUGCUGAAGGAAAAUCGUCGAGGAAUGUGUCUAUGAUACAGAGGAAAGGGUACACAAGCGACGAGGAGCUUGAGGAACUAGACUCUCCUCUUACAUCGAUUGUCGACAAUUCAAGUGACUUUACUGGUUCAGAGAUGACUUCCAAUGCAAGAUACAAGCUUCUUCGAGAAAUGUGGGUUUAG